AGGAGGAUGCGGCCGCCAUGUUAGUGCAGGCUCCGCUGUUGCCCUCGCCGUCGCCGCGCACCAGGAAGGAGGCGGAGACGCCGGAACAGCUCCGACUGCUGGAGAAGCCGUUGGGGCUCGCGAAGCGCGGCGGCAGCUGUUGCGGCGGGCGGCUCCCCGCGCUGCUGCAGCAGAGGGCGGCGCCGAUGCGGUUGGUCGACGGCGCCUCCGGGCUGGGCCUGAGAGGCGGCUGCUGAGGAGGCAGCGGGAGCCCAGUGUGGUGGCGGGGCGGCGGCGGCGGCUGGCCGUCGUGGGAAGCGCAGGAUGUGGCUGAGGGCGGCUCCUGCCGUGUUGGUGUUGCUUCCGGCGAGCCCCGCUUUCUCCGAGGGAAAAGGGCUCCCCCGAGGCUGAGGCGCCCCCUUCCUCCUCCUCCGCCUCUCUCCCCUCCCCUCCCCUCCCGGGUGUCCGUUGAAUCCUCCUCCUCCCUUCCCAGCCGGCCAGACUCGGUGGUCUCACCGCCGGAGCGGGGAGGAGGAGGAGAGGCAGCGACUCCUUCCCCCCCUUCCUCCCCUCCCUCCCCGCUGCUGCCGGUCUUCCUCAUCCCUUCCCUCUGGGGCUGCUGCUGGAAGAUGGCGUGGGUGCUGAAGAUGGACGAAGUGAUCGACUCCGGACUGGCGCACGACUUCGAUGCCAGCCUCUCCGGCAUCGGGCAAGAGCUGGGCGCCGGGGCCUAUAGCAUGAGUGAUGUUCUGGCACUUCCCAUUUUCAAGCAAGAAGAUUCUAGCCUUCCACCUGAAAAUGACACAAAACAUCCACCAUUUCAGUACGUUAUGUGUGCUGCAACAUCUCCAGCAAUCAAAUUGCACGAUGAAACUCUUACUUACUUAAAUCAAGGUCAGUCCUACGAAAUCCGGCUGUUAGAUAAUCGAAAAAUGGGAGAUAUGCCAGAGAUCAGUGGGAAACUGGUGAAGAGUAUCAUAAGAGUUGUGUUCCACGACAGACGAUUGCAGUACACUGAGCAUCAACAGCUAGAAGGUUGGAAGUGGAAUCGCCCUGGAGAUAGAUUACUUGAUUUAGAUAUUCCUAUGUCUGUUGGAGUAAUUGAUAUAAAAACAAAUCCAGGCCAGCUCAACGCAGUUGAAUUUCUGUGGGAUCCUGGGAAACGCACAUCUGCCUUUAUUCAGGUACAUUGUAUCAGCACUGAAUUUACACCUCGUAAACAUGGCGGUGAAAAAGGAGUUCCUUUCAGGAUUCAGGUUGAUACUUUUAAACAGGCAGAAAAUGGAGAAUACACUGAUCAUCUGCAUUCAGCCAGCUGCCAAAUCAAAGUUUUUAAGCCCAAAGGGGCAGACAGAAAACAGAAAACAGACAGAGAAAAGAUGGAGAAACGAACUGCCCAUGAAAAAGAAAAGUAUCAGCCUUCAUAUGACACUACAAUUCUCACUGAGAUGAGGCUUGAGCCUAUAAUUGAAGAUGCAGUUGAACAUGAGCAGAAAAAGUCCAGCAAGCGGACUUUGCCAGCAGACUACGGUGAUUCUCUGGCAAAGCGAGGCAGUUGUUCCCCAUGGCCUGAUACACCUACAGCAUUUGUGAACAGUAGCCCUACUCCAACUCCAGCUUUUACCUCUACUCCACAUAGUACUUACAGUGUCCCAGACAGUAAUUCGUCAUCUCCAAAUCACCAAGGAGAUGGAAUUCCCCAAGUGUCUGGAGAGCAACUUCAUCCGUCAGCCACAAUCCAGGAAACCCAACAAUGGUUGCUUAAACAUAGGUUUUCCUCUUAUACAAGGCUAUUUUCAAAUUUCUCAGGUGCUGAUUUAUUGAAGCUGACAAGAGAAGAUCUGGUACAAAUCUGUGGUCCAGCUGAUGGCAUUCGGCUUUACAAUGCACUUAAAUCAAGGUCUGUUAGGCCACGUCUAACAAUCUAUGUAUGCCAGGAGCAGUCAAGAAGUGUGCAACUGGAACGGCAGCAAGACUCAGGCAGUGGAGAGAGCAGGAACGGUGCAAUAUUUGUUUAUCAUGCAAUCUACUUGGAAGAAAUGGCUGCCUCAGAAGUCACUCGCAAGCUUGCUUUGGUGUUCAAUAUUCCUUUGCAUCAAAUUAACCAGGUUUACAGACAAGGACCUACUGGCAUCCAUAUCCUUGUCAGUGAUCAGAUGGUUCAAAACUUUGAAGAUGAGAGCUGCUUCUUAGUUACCACAAUAAAAGCUGAAAAUGGCGAAGGCUUUCAUAUAAUUUUGAAGUGAUGUUGCCAUACAUAUGAUGGACUGAUAUUCCAGUAUAGAAUGAAGUCAUGCUCAAGAAUGACCAAUGACAUCAAGUCUCUUCAGGGAUCUGACUUCACCGUAUAGAAUGUUUCAUAUUGAAAACACAAGAUGACCUUUCUAGUGAGCUGUUUAGUAGAUGAACUUAUCACUGCCAUAGCCAAAUGUCCUCAUAAGAGGUAUCAGUGCCGCAACAGCUUAUGUACAGGCAUGGAAAAAACAGUAAACAAAGGUGUUUGCCCUUUUUUGAAAAAAUAUGGCAAGCUAUGGCCAGUAGAUGCAGUUUCUAGAAGCAGUACUGCUUUCUUAUUACACUGUAUCCAGUUUGAAUGUAAACUUACUCUGGGCAUUUACCUUUCUGUGCCAGUUUGUCUUUUACUUGCUUGUACCUUUAUGCUGAUUUUAUUUUUUGAUGUUAGCAGAGCACAUAGUAAUUUGUGUGGAGAUAACUAGUAAAGAUGAUAGCAAUCAGGUUUGGGUCUUGAGAGUAAAGCUGUCAAAACAGCAUCCUCUGUAUAAAUUGUGUAUAAGCGUGAAUGUAAGAAGUGUAAAUGUCAGAGUUCGACUUCUUAUUGAGUCCUAGCCACAUGAAAAUUAAGCAUGCAGCAGAACACCUUACCAUUAGUACCUAUUUGGGAGGAUUCGAAUAAAUCCUGUGAGGUACAAUUUUUUGCUUUGCAACAGCUUCAUUGGCGAAAAUCUGCCUAUGCAUCAUGUCUUUCUAGUUUUUUUUUAAUGAAGCACUGCUGCAGUUCAGUGUUUUGUUUUUCGAACCACAUUAUUAAAUACUGACUUGGGACUUCCUCAUGGAGAAAAAAUGAGUGUCACUGUCACCAAGGGAUAAUGUUAGAACAUUAAGCAAGAAGUCAUGAAUCAAAACUGUAAAACCUUGUUUUCUCUUUAGGUGUGUAGACCAUGUUCCCCUUGUUCACUUCCAGGUGUGAACUGACACUUUCUUUUUCCUCUGACUGUUGUGGAAAGACCAUAGUUACAGUGCCUCUUCCAUACAACCAAAUACUUGACUAGCAGUUGCACAUCUUAAUGAACUGCAAAAAUGUCCUUAAAUGCUACCUGAAGAUCAGAGACAACUGUCCAGGAAUAGAUAGAUGUAUUUGUCUGUUCUGGAUUAUGUUUUAAUGUAGGUAUUUGAGGGAGAUUAAAACACAGAAAGCAGGUUGUUCCAUAACCGUGGUGUAUGGGUUUGCUCUUUUUUUCUUUUCUUUUUUGAAUAGCUGAAAUCUUGAAUGAUGUAGUGAACAUUUGAGAGGGGAAAAGCAGCAUGUCUAAUACUGUUUUUAAUUUCAUUCCCACUUUUAAUUUUCGUUGGGCUAAGUGCUUAGUUAGUCUAAUUAUUCUAAGAAAAUCAUUAAAUUACAGGCAUUUGGAUGAGUGCUUGCUUCCCCCCAGUCCCCAUGAUCUAGACUAUUCUGCACUGAUGGGGAGGGAGGAGAGUAUAGUUUGUGAGCAUAAACUGUUUUGAGUUGCUCUUGCCUAUAAAUUAUUUUUUGGUUGUAUUUGGGGUGUCUUCAUUUGACUUGAUGUGUCAUCUCAGCACCGUUUUUCAAAUUUGUGGAUAAUCUUUGAAAAAUGUCACUCAAUUUUAAAAGCUGUACAGUAGUUUGGUUCACUUGGAUUUAAUUAAUGGCACCAGCAAAUUUGCUUUUUGUUUUUAAAUAAGAUGUAUACAUUUCAAUUUCAGUAAAAACAUUUUCCAAUAA